AUGUCCAGCAUCACUUUCCCUCUCAAUGAUAUAGAACGUCAUGCUCGAAAUCAUGCCGUUCUCUGCACAACGGGGUUUCUGGUCUUACUCCCAGUCGGUGUGCUGGUAGCCCGAUACACGAGGACUUACACGAAAAGGUGGUGGACUGCGCACUGGAUCAUCCAGUUCCUCAUUUCUGGUCCUGUCAUAUUCGCAGGUUGGGCAUUGGGGUACAAAACGACAGCUCAGCUUGAGCUAGGUCACUUCCGGGAUCACCACGAGAAGAUUGGCUUGUCGCUCUUGUUACUCUACCUCGCGCAAAUCCUCCUUGGUGUUAUCGUCCAUUUUUUCAAAUUCCCAUCUACUUUCCCAGGCCGUGCUCCGCACAACUACAUUCACGUACUCCUUGGCCUUGCAAUAAUUGCUCUCGCACAAUAUCAGGUACACUAUGGUUUAUUCAUUGAAUGGCCUACCGCAACGGGUGGGCUACAUCAAGUUCCAUCAUCAGCUAAACACGCCUGGCUAGCGUUACUCGUUCUCGUAGAAAAUGACCGCUACUUCACAGCCUGUACAGAUAACGCUACAUUUACUACUCGAGUCGUAAUUGCUACAGUAUAA